AUGGAAGAGAAUUUAGAAGCCAAGUUAAAAUAUGGUGGCAACUUGGAAGAGAAAAAAAAUGCUUUAUGUAGUUCUGGGAAGACACGUAGUGAAAUCAUACGUACGAGUGGAAAGGGUAGUCAAGAUUUAAAUGAUAUAAUCCCUUCUUCUUCACCAUGUCAGGUAGUUCUUAAAGCGGAAGAAACUGUGCAUGUAAAUUCUCGUGCUAUUUCAUCUAGUCCCCGUUCACGGAUACCAAAUAGGAGGAUAAAAAAGCAAAAAACUAGUGGUAACGAAAACGAGGAAUAUUAUGUAUUUAGCGACGUGAGCAGAGGUUCUACUGAUAGUAGUAAUAGCAGUUUUGCUGGUCAUGGAGGUAGUUACCAUCGUGAACAACAACAAGAAGAAGAACAGCAAAAGAACUCCGAUUCAAAAGGAUCAUUUUCUUUAUCAGAACGUUUCGUGUCUCUAGCUAAUUCCAAAUUUUUUAAUGUUGCGGAUAUUGGCCCCAUCCCAUGUGAAGCAGAAGAGAUAAUAGUAUCAUCACAAAAUAUACCAAAAAUCGUUUCUUUACAAACUAUUUCCAAUAAUAAUUCUCAGGAUGGUUUAGGUAAACCAGUUAGGGAGUCAUCAGCCUUUUCUGGGUCUCCAGGCGUAGAAGGCUUAGAAUCACGCUAUCGAGGUAAGGGAUCCAUUUCCACUUUAUCGGAGUUAACCACUGCUAGUUUAGGUUGUAGAGCUUUUGAUUUACCUUGUUUUCCCAAUUUGGAUCAUUCUCCAGAGACUAGUCCAGAUGCAACUAUAGCAAUACCAUCCUAUCGGCGAUUUCGCUUGAUACCAACAGAAAAUUCUGCUGCAGGUUGGAGUAACGAUGGAGUCCUACAAGAUCAAGCUUUCGGACCAAUAUCAUCUCUGCAUUGCAAUAUUGGUGAAAAUAGAAAUGGAAAUGGAAAUACACCAAGAAACAAAAAUGGAUUUAUGCGUUUCUUAGCUAUAUUAUUUAUUCCUUUUGCUAUGAUAUUACCUUUUGCUUUACAAGAGGUUUUUAUUUUAGUAAAUCACUUUAUCGAACAUGGUCCCCAACAGUGUUGUAAAGUGGAUUGUUUAUGCACUCCAGGAGAAUCAGUACUUAUCGUCUUUACCUAUGGGUUGUUUGUAUACAUUCCAUUUUCUGUCUUUACUCCAACACUGUUUUUCCUUACAUUAGAUGCGGUCGAGAAGGAUACUCAGGUUACCCGCCUUCGUACCCGAACAGCUCGUUAUAUUGUAGCUGAUAAUGAUAAUAAUGCUGAUAUUCGUUCCCUCUCCCUUCAUGAUGUAGGAAACCCCGCUUUUUUUUCUCCUACCCGUGCUGGUGAGUUAAAUGAAAUACGACAACCAAAUACGGGUUACGUAUCUAUUUUUCGUUGGGAUUUACCACCAUGUUUUACUACCCUUAAACGUAAUAUACCAUUUUGGAUUAUUAUUAUUACAAGAUUUAUCUUCUUUUCUAUAAUGGACACACAGUUACCUCAGAUGCCAAAUGUACCACUUUCAACGUGGGGAUUUUUACGUUUGGCUGUGUUAAGCUUACCAUUAGUGGUUUAUGCAUUAUAUAAUACUCGACCUUUUGUUGCCGCACCGUAUAUUCUCCUAGACGCUUUUCCAUUGUUACUUCCAAUUAUUUUAGGUGAACGUCAUACGGGAUCAGACCCGUGGUGUAUGACACUACCAUUAAUAGUGUUUGCGUUAGAGAGAUGUUUUUGGUAUUUGUCAGCGUGUGCUAUGCCAAAGUGUACACCUGUUGGUAUCAAAAUAGCUGUGAGUUCUACAUUUGCAGCAUUGUGUAUAUUGGUUAUUCUUGCCUCAUCUCUCUUUAUUGAUCUAGUGGAAAGAACUUAUGUCGUAAUUGUUAUGGUGAUUGAGAUUAUCCUAUUGGAACUCCUUUUUGGUACAUUGUUUCUUGAAGUGUUUGCAUAUCGUUUUUAUGCGUUUAUAAAGAAAUGCUUUUUUCAUCGAAGAGCUGAAUCGUUUGUUUUAAAAGGUACAGAUGCAAUAAAUAUAUCAACACAAGUGCGAUGGCCAGUUAUACCAAUUGCUGUUUGUGCAAUUGCCCCUUUUUUUCACUUCUUUCAAUGGUAUCGUGCAUUUGGACUUAGUGAUUGCCGUGGGAAAUUGAAUAAAAAUAUUCAUGUGUAUUUUACGACCUUUAUUCUUUUUAUAGGAACGCUUAUCCUGGCGUUUUUUAUCACAGCGUUGAUACGAUGGAAACAUCACCGAUUUCGUUUACCACUUUUUCUCCAGGAUUGGCUGUUACUAUUUCUCUGGAGUUGGUAUAUAUUUGCGUCUGUACCUUUUACAUUUGCAGUAGUAGUGUGA